AAGCCUUCUUAAAGGAAAGUAAUAGCAGUAAAAUACUUUGAUAAAUAAGUUUUUAAACGGGUUUCACUACUGUAGUCCAAAUCUUCAAAUUCAACGCCUAGGAUUUCCAUGAUUUUAAGCAAAAUCCGGCGAAACCCAUCUGCUUUUCUUCAUUUCAAUAGCUUCUCCACUUCUUUCAAACCUUCUUCUCCAUGCGUUAAUUCAUAUAAUGCCUCCAAACUCUUGAGCAAGCACUUUAAAGCUGGGAGAAUGCAAGAAGCAGAGAAAUUGUUCGGUCAAAUUCCCCAAAGAAACGUAGUUUUAUGGUCCGUUGUGAUUCACGGGUAUUCAAUAAAUGGGCAUCACAUGAAAUCCAUGGAAUCCUAUUUACAUAUGCGAAACUCGCGUUUAUUUCCAAAUUCUUUCACCGUUGUUGGUCUUCUUGUUGGCAUUCAAGACUUGCAAUUGGGGCAAUCGAUUCAUGGACUAAUUUUGAAAUGUGGAUUAGAUUUUGACUUAGUUGUCUGCACCGCAAUGCUUAAUGCUUAUGCGAAAUGUGGAAAUAUAACCGAUUCAUAUAAAUUAUUUGAGGGACUGCAGAACCCGGGUUUGGUUUCUUGCAAUGCUAUGAUUGCAGGCUUUGUAAACAACGAGCUGUUUGAAGAGGCUGUUUUGCUGUUUAAGAAGCUAAGGAAGUGUGGUUUGGUUCCUAAUGUGGCGACUGCAUUAUCUAUCAUUCAGGGUGGUGUUGGUUUAGGCUUGAGAAAUAUAUGCAAAUUGAUCCAUGGUUUGAUAGUUAAGUUUGGUCUUGGCUCAGAUAUAAGAGUUAAUAAUUCCGUACUUGACAUGUACUCUUGUUUGAUGGAUUUGGAUGCUGCUACAACAAUUUUUGAUGGGAUGGAACUCAAAGAUGUCAUCAGUUGGACAACAAUGAUUGGUUUAUUGGUAAAUCUUGAGUAUGCAACUGCUGCUCUAGAGCUUUUCUGCAAAAUGAAGGAUAGUGGGGUCAGUUAUGAUGCUAUAGUUUUUAUGAAUCUUGUUUCUGCUUGUGCAAUCUUAGGAGAUUUGAGGAAAGGAAAACAAACCCAUGCUCAAGCUGUUGUUUGUGGAUUUGUAUCAGAGCUUCCGCUUGUGAACUCAAUUAUGGCAAUGUAUUCUAAAUGUGGUGAUGUAGAUUCUUCAAGAAUUUUGUUUGAUCAAUCAACUCAGAAGAGUUUAGUUUCAUGGGCAGCAAUAGUUUCAGGAUAUGUACAAAAUGGUUUCUCAAGAGAGGCUCUGAAUCUCUUUAUUAAAUUUAGACUGGAAGAAUACUAUCUCCCAGAUUCAGUAAUGCUGAUGGGUGCAUUAACAGCUUCCUCUGAUAUGGCUGAUUUUGAGCUCUGCCAGCAGCUUCAUUGUUGUGCUUUUGAAGCUGGAUUCUUCUCUUAUAGAUCAGUUCAAAAUACUCUGAUAUCAGCAUAUUCAAAAUGCGGCAACAUGAAACUUGCUUACCUUGUCCUCAAGGAGAUGGGCUAUCUUAAAGAUGUAGUCUCUUGGAAUGCAAUUAUAAAUGGGUAUGGUAUCAAUGGCCAAGGAGAAACUGCCCUUGCUCUAUACCAUGAAAUGAGGGAAGGCAUGGAAGAUGCUGAUAGUGCUACUUAUUUGUCCAUAUUAAAUGCAUGUAGUCAUGCAGGACUGAUAAAUGAUGGCCUGAUGAUUUUCAAUAAGAUGGUGGAAGAUCAUAAAAUAAGGCCUAGCCAAGAACAUUAUGGCUGUAUCAUUGACUUGCUUGCACGAGCAGGCUGCUUAUCUGAUGCAAGCGGGAUUGUUAGUCAAAUAGGGAUUGGUCCUAAUGCUUGGAGGGCUUUGCUUAGUGGCUGCAUGCUUCAUGGUAAUGUGGAGGUAGCUGAAUUUGCAGCAAGGAAGGUUCUUAAACUGGAGCCAAGGGAAUCAGAUGAAGUUGUGCUCCUUUCUAAUGUUUAUGCAUCAGUCGGCAGGUUUCAGGAUGCGGAAGCAUUGAGAUUAGACAUGCAGAAGAAGGCGUUGAUUAAAAAUCCGGGAGUUAGCUUGCUCUGUAGGAUUCCAUAUGACGGAGGCUGAAGAUCCUUAAUUUCCAAAGGAUAGAGAAAAAUAACUGUACUUGGUAUUUGUCAAUGUGCAAAAAGUAUAACUUUGAGUC